AAACCCCUCCUUGUCACGCCCUAGGUUUUGCCCAACCAAGCAGCGAAACACCGCUUUCACAAAAGAAGAAAAAGAAAUCAAAGAAAAUCAAACAAGAAACGCUCUCUCUCUCUCUCUCUCUCUCUGAGAGUGGUACAAGAAUGGCUUCGUCUUCUCCAAGAACCAAAUAUGACGGUCGAGAUUCUCACACGUGUCACAUAUUACCGCCGUCGGGUUACUCCUCGUCGUCGUCGGCGUUCGCUUCGUCGUGUUCGAGCUUCGCGUCCCGAUCGUCCACAUUCUUCACGCGCUCCUCCACGCCCGUGAACUUGCACGGACGCCGCUCGUGCUCUCCCUCGCCGUAUUCGUAUCCGUCAAAGUCGCCGUCUCCGUCGCCGUCCGUUCGGUUCUCGAUCGAGCGGGCGACCUCUCCGGGGCGAUCUUCGAUCUCCGUGAGGAUGCAGGGCAGCAACAAUGCGGUGUCGUCCAACAAGAAGAAGGCGUGCACGUGUUCGCCUACGACGCACCCGGGCUCAUUCCGGUGCUCUCUGCACAAGGCCUCGGCUACUCGUGGCGAAGAUCACGGCCAUCGGCAGAAAACGGCGUCGUACCACCUGAGUCUUCGGAGGUCGGCAAUGACGAAUUCGCUGGUGAGGAUCGGCGGAGUGGAGGGCGGAGACUUGGUAAAGAGGGCCUUGUCGGCUCUGAUUAGGCCCUCCUCUCACCACCAGCGCCGCCGAGCCGCAUUCCAUCCGAGGCCUAGCCGUCUCUCCCUCAUGUCCAAGGCUGACGAGUCUUGAUUUUUCAUCCGCUGAGUUGACUCGGACCUCACUCGGGAGUGGCCUCCUCUCGGAAUCAAAAAAAAAAAAAAAUUUAAUUUCAGAUUAGCGGGUAGGAUAGAUUAGGAAUUUUAUGUAAAUACUUGAGAACUCCCUACGUGUCAUGAAAAUUUGCCAGGUUUUUGUAUUUUUUGGUAACAAACUGCCAGGUAGAGUUUAAAACAAUGGAAACUACUCUAGUACUC